UGUUUCCUUCGGUUUUGACGCAUUUUUAGGACCCCAAAGCGACAUCUAUGUGUAGAUAUCUAUGGUCUGGAGUCACUUCCUCUGAAAGUCCCGAAUUAACUGGCCUUGUUUUUCAGUACAUUAGCACAGAAGUUUCGUCUGUUCGCCUAGGCAAGGAUGGCAAACCAGGAGGAUGAUAUUCAGGAUGUCCAAGAAGAGUUGAAUGAUGAUAAGGAUGAAGAAGCGAGUAAUGAAGAGAGGCAUGAACAGGGAGAACUGAACUGGUCUGAUGAUGACGGGGAUGAUUCAGAGUCCAUCUCAGACACUCCAGCAGAACGCAGUGGUCACAUCGCAGUGUGUGACAGAAACUGUAUGUAUGUCUGGGGAGGAUAUAAGAAUGCUGAAGCAUCUGGGUUCUUUGAUUUGUACUUACCAAAGCAAGAAAUCUGGAUAUACGACAUGGAAACUGGAAAAUGGAGAAGGCAGCUGUCAGGAGGAGAUCUCCCUAACCCAAUGUCGGGCAGCUGUGGUGUAUGUGUGGAAGGCAUUCUGUAUCUCUUUGGAGGUCAUCAUGCUAGAGGAAAUAGUAAUUUGGUUUAUCGUAUGCCUCUGAGGUGCUCUGACUUCCAGUGGGAGAGAAUGAAGGACCUUAAGGGUUUGGCCCCUACAUGUAAAGACAAAUUAGGCUGUUGGGUGUACAAGAACAGGCUGGUGUAUUUUGGGGGCUAUGGAUAUGAGGCAGAAGCAGACCAUCAAGGAACGUUUGAAUUAGAUGAAAAUUCACUUGUGGGUAACCACCAAGCACGGGGCUGGAACAAUCAUAUUCACAUUCUUAACCUUGAAAUGUCAGCCUGGAGUCAACCCAAAACAAAGGGAAAUGCUCCAACACCACGUGCAGCCCAUGCUUGUGCUACUCUGGGAAACAGGGGUUAUGUUUUUGGUGGACGAUAUAUGCAUCAUCGGCUAAACGACCUGUACUAUAUUAACAUGGACACCUGGGAAUGGACUGAAAUGUUGGUACCUCAGCAAGGCCCAGUUGGCCGAUCAUGGCACUCUUUCACACCUGUGUCAUCAGAACACAUCUUUCUGUUCGGAGGCUUCACUACUGAUCGAGAAACACUUAGUGAUGCAUGGCUGUAUUGCGUGACCACAAACGAGUGGAAGCAGUUUAAACACAACCACAAUAAAAGCCCAAGACUUUGGCACACAGCCUGCUUAGGUCUGAAUGGAGAAGUGUUUGUAUUUGGGGGCUGCGCUAAUAAUCUUCUCUCACAUCAGCAAGCAUCCCAUAGCAAUGAACUACUAUCUUUCAGGAUUCAACCAAAGUCCCUGCUUUGAGGGAGGCCAAAAGAGCUGCUGUAUCCCAGUCGAUCAAGACAUACUUUACGACAGUUUUGUGUUGUCAUUUCGGUGCCCGAUUUAAUUUUGUGGGAAAACUGCUGCCGGACGCGUACUGUCAGGUUUUUUUUUUAUUACCGGCAUGCAAAAGAAAAACUGGAUACGAGUCAUGACGCAUGUCGUAAGCAUUAUAUUGUGUAAAGCGCUUAUACAUAUAAAAGUAACAUUGUCACGCACCUGUCUGCUAAUGAUGCAUUUAAUCAUAUUAGAGAAAACACGCAUCCAACACUGCUCUUAGAUGGAUAUAUUUAAAAUAUAUUAUACAGUACCAAAUUAUCUUUAUUAAAAAUUAAGACAAUGAGUAAUUUUAGUGGUUUUAUUUAAUUCAGUCAGUCAGUCCCCUCGACCUGCUGAAUUUAAUCUACAGGAUGCAGCUCCAGAGCAUUUUUGGAGAGGUGUGUGUUGCAGUGCGCAUCUUCAGCAGUCUACCUCUCUCUGUUUCUGGUGCAGAAAGAGCUUUCAGCAAGUUGAAGCUUGUCAAACACUAUCUCCGGUCUACACAAACUCAAGAAAGGUUUAAUAGCCUUGCCUGACUUUCAAUUGAAAGCCAACUAAGCAGACAGCUGGACUUCAAAGACGUCAUAAGUGACUUUGCCAACAAAAAGGUCAGACAAUGGGAUUUUGGUUCAUCCUAGGUGAAGUGAUGUAAAAGGUCAUGAAGGGUUAAAGUUCAAAUCGAUAUACAUAUAAAAAUCAUUUGCAUAAUUUUCAUAGUUGUUUCAAAGUUCAUUACUGAUUUGUCUAUUGUUUGCUCUCAGUUUGUUUUUGUCUAUAAUGUUAUAUUUGAAUAUUUUUCUUCAACUGAAGUUCAGUAAAAACCUUUUAUUUACA